GUGGCGGAAAUGCAGUGUACAGAACUGGUGUAGACUGGUUGACUCCGCUGCUGUGUGCGCGCGGCACUGAAUGUACCAUAAUAAUGAGAUGAGCGGGGACCCUUACAUGUACAUAAAGCCCUCUCGGGUAAAUGAUUAGUAAGUUGUCCUUUUGUACCGACACUUUUCCGCUUUAACACAACAGACCUCCAAUGGUUUCCUGCCCGAGCGCCGUUAAUCUCCACAGAACCACGAAGACAUGAUAAAACACCGGACUGCGUUCAUGGGGAAUAUUCCGGUCCGCUCCUGUAAAUCGCGUUCUGCUCGCAGUUUACGCGAUAUCGGAAAGUAAACCUUUGUCGUUUAUAUAUCGUGACCCGGUAUAGAAAGACAAUGGCGUAAAUGCGAUCAAAAUGACGUCUCCCACGCGAGUGGACCGCAUAUUUGUCCAUAUUACUGCAAGGACAAGUGGAUGAAAUGUGUUUCUCAGGAAUUAAAUUGGUGCAUGGAUGACGUUUGAUGACGUUGAUUUGAGACAGAAUGUUUACCCUCACAGAAGUUGCCUCUCUAAAUGAUAUCCAGCCAACUUAUAAGAUACUGAAACCAUGGUGGGACGUCUUUAUGGAUUACUUGGGUGUGGUCAUGCUUAUGCUGGCCAUAUUUGCCGGGACCAUGCAGAUAACCAAAGAUCAGGUGGUUUGCCUUCCUGUUCUAGAAUCAUUGGAGGACCAAGCCCCUGUGCCCACAGAAAGGCCACCAGGCAAAGCUUUUGGCUCAGGGACAGGAGGAGGCCAUGUGACACUGGCAGCUGCACCUUUAGCAAGCAACGAACAAACCGACAGUGUUGUCCAACACUUCCCACAGUCGUCUGCUGUCAGGCAACCUCAGCCCACGGGUUUACGAACAAAUCUGGAUUUUCAGCAGUAUGUCUUUGUAAAUCAGAUGUGCUACCAUGUUGCCCUCCCAUGGUAUUCAAAGUACUUUCCAUAUCUAGCUCUCAUUCACACAAUUGUUCUUAUGGUAAGCAGUAACUUUUGGUUCAAGUAUCCAAAGACCAGUUCCAAAAUUGAGCAUUUUGUGUCUAUUUUGGGUAAGUGUUUUGAGUCUCCUUGGACAACCAAAGCAUUGUCUGAGACGGCCUGUGAAGACUCAGAAGAGAAUAAACAGAGAUUGACUGGAGCCUCUACAUUACCAAAGCAUCUUUCAACCAGCAGUGAGGAGGGAAGUCCAAAUCAGUCCACGCCAAUGCUUGCAAAAUCUAGCAUUAAAUUUUCUGCAGAGAAGCCUGUCAUUGAAGUUCCAAGCAUGACUAUACUUGACAAGAAAGAUGGAGAGCAAGCUAAAGCCCUUUUUGAGAAAGUGAGGAAAUUUCGCACACAUGUUGAAGACAGCGACACGAUCUACAAACUCUAUGUAGCUCAAACUAUUAUUAAAACUGUCAAAUUUAUUCUGAUUCUGUGUUACACCAUGACCUUUGUCACCUCCAUUAAAUUCGACCAUGAUUGUGAGCCAGAAAUUAAGCAUUUGACUGGAUACAACAAAUUUAAAUGCACCCACAACAUGGCUUUCAUGUUGAAAAAGCUCCUUGUUAGCUACAUUGUCCUCAUUUUCGUUUAUGGCCUGGUUUGCAUUUACACUCUUUUUUGGCUGUUUAGACGGCCACUUAAGGAAUACUCAUUUGAAAAGGUUAGAGAAGAAAGCAGUUUUAGUGACAUCCCAGAUGUGAAAAAUGACUUUGCUUUCCUCCUUCACAUGGUCGACCAGUAUGACCAGCUGUACUCGAAACGUUUUGGUGUCUUUCUCUCAGAGGUAAGCGAGAACAAACUGAGGGAAAUCAGCUUAAAUCAUGAGUGGACCUUUGAGAAACUACGGCAACACGUGACUCGCAAUGCACAGGAUAAGCUUGAGCUGCAUCUUUUCAUGCUCUCGGGUGUUCCUGAUGCAGUUUUUGACCUCACUGAUAUAGAGGUCCUAAAACUGGAACUCAUCCCAGAGGCACGUAUCACAGCAAAAAUUUCCCAGAUGAUAAACCUCACCGAAUUGCACUUUUACCACUGUCCCGCCAAAGUUGAACAGACUGCAUUCAGUUUCCUCCGCGAUCACCUCCGGUGCCUUCACGUCAAGUUUACGGAUGUAGCAGAGAUUCCCACUUGGGUUUACAUGCUGAAGAACUUAAGAGAGCUCUACUUGGUGGGAAACUUGAACUCUGAGAAUAACAAAAUGAUAGGAUUAGAGUCCCUCAGGGACUUGAGGCAUCUAAAGGUCCUACAUCUGAAGAGCAACCUUACCAAGAUCCCAACUAACAUUACAGACUUAUCACCCCACCUGAUCAAACUUGUGGUUCACAACGAUGGUACUAAACUCUUGGUGUUAAAUAGCUUGAAAAAGAUGAUGAACCUUUCUGACCUGGAGCUGCACAAUUGUGAACUGGAGAGGAUACCGCAUGCAAUUUUUAGCUUGACCAACCUGCAGGAGUUGGACUUAAAAUCGAACAACAUCCGCACCAUUGAAGAGGUCAUUAGCUUCCAGCACCUCAAAAGACUUAACUGCCUCAAACUGUGGCACAAUAAAAUCAUUUCCAUUCCUUUGUCCAUUAGUCACGUAAAAAACCUAGAGUUCCUUUAUCUGUCACAUAACAAACUAGAGUCCUUGCCUACUACUCUGUUCAAUCUACUUAAACUGAGAUACCUGGAUGUUAGUCACAACUCCAUUGUGGUGAUUCCUCCGGAGGUUGGGUUUCUCCAGAAUCUACAGCACUUUGCCAUCACUGGCAACAAGGUGGAAGUGGUGCCCAAGCAGCUGUUCAAAUGCACAAAGUUGCGUACCUUGUCCCUUGGGCACAACUGCAUCUCGUCGCUGCCAGAGAAAAUUGGACAGUUGCUUCAGCUGACUCAUCUUGAGCUGAAGGGGAACUGCCUGGAUCGGCUGCCUGCACAGCUCGGCCAGUGCAGGCUCUUGCGUAGAAAUGGCCUCACUGUGGAAGACCACCUUUUUGACUCGUUGCCCCUAGAGGUCAAAGAGAGCAUAAGUCAGGAAAUCACUGCAACUUAUGCUAACGGAGUGUGAUCAUGAUUCACAUAAAAAAAAAAAAACAAUUUGAAAGAACAGUCAUGGUAUUUCUAUCAGUUUAACACAAUUAAAAAGCGCAAGAGGCAAUGUUUCAGAAUCCUGCUGUUUUUUUUUAGGUUUUGUCCACAUGAAGACAUUUUUAAUCCAGGACUGCGGGCAUGAAUGGAUGUUCCAGGUAUGAAGAAUGAGUCCAGUAUCAAAGUUUAUGUUAACAGUUGUUAUCACUUUCUGCACAGGCCAAAACAAACUGCCUGUAAGCCAAUGUUAAAAUCUUUUGGACCUUUUUGAGAAUCAUUAUGCCUGUCUACAUGGGGAUUUUGUUCUUUUUUUAAUUUGAAUUGUUAUUAUUUUCCCAUGUUACAGUACAAUAAUACAGUACAACCAUUUUUCAGUAGCAUUUUUGUUCAUUCAUGUUUUCACCUGCUGUUAUGCGCACAGUCUGCAUCGCAUGCCAUGUGCAUUGUGGUGCCAUUAAUGAUUGUAUUUUUUCCUUUGCGAAAACCCAGAACAACUUACAUUUAUUACAAAGUCAAUUACAAAUACUGUAUUUGACUAAGUGGUAAAAGAAAAAAGUGAAGGAAGGAAUUCUCAUUUGGGGUUAGUAAAACGUGCACUAAAGUAUUAAUAACUGAAUGUUUCCGUCAAAACAAAGUUACCAUGUCCACCCAGGAUCGAUCAAACUGUUAUUGUAUAUGUUAUUCUUCGGUUAAUGUCCAUCUUUCUUUAAUGAUAUUGUCCACCUAUUCAGUUUCUAAUAACCAAAAUAUUUUGAACUAAAAAACAAUGUUCUGUGUUGAAAAUGUACCAGUGUGUUUGCAUUCAAUUUGGGUUUGAAGAUGCACAAACUAAAGGUAAUCAUUUGCACUGCACUGCAAGUCCUGGCAAUAAAUUAACUUUUCCUUCUAACAUAAUCUUCAAUGUGGGUUACAGAAGUACUGAUUAAGUUAUGGCGACUUGCAUGUUUUGUAUAUAACACUAUAUUAUGACGGGACAGACCAGUAAUGUGUAUACAUGUCCUUGCUGAUCAAAACCUCUGAUAGACAUGUAUAGUAAACUUGCCCUGAUAUUUAGUCUAACAUCAUAUCUUUGUCUGUAAACGUGUAUGACAUCUGCUUAACUGUUAGCCAUUGAUGGCUAGUUAAAGUAAUGGAAAUGCUUGCAUUGUGUGAUUGUUUCAAGUUACCUUGCUGUUGACAUACUGUGCAUGGCCAUGCAGUCGGCUUUUGAGGCAAAUGCACAAAAAGGUGACUUGCCAAAUGUUAGUAAUCAAUUUUCAACCAAGUGAUGGGAUUAAGUGUUAGAUUAUCCUAACCUAAACUUUUAUUUUGUUUGAUUUUCUUAGUGAAAUAAAAAAAAAAUCUGUUGUCAAGAUUUGAAGGAAAAGUUCAGCCAAAA